CAAAUACCGAAGCAACGAUCAGAAGCCUCUCAACAACUCCAAGCACCCAAAAAAAAAUCCAACAAUGUCGCUGAUCCGCCGCAGCAACGUGUUCGACCCCUUCUCCCUCGACCUCUGGGACCCCUUCCAGGGCUUCCCGUUCGGCUCCGGCAGCGGCAGCCUCUUCCCUCGCAUCCCCUCUGACUCCGAGACCGCGGCGUUCGCCGGCGCGCGCAUCGACUGGAAGGAGACGCCCGAGGCUCAUGUGUUCACGGCCGAUGUCCCGGGGCUCAAGAAGGAGGAGGUGAAGGUGGAGGUUGAGGACGGCAACGUGCUCCAGAUCAGCGGCGAGCGGAGCAAAGAGCAGGAGGAGAAGAACGACAAGUGGCACAGGGUGGAGCGCAGCAGCGGCAAGUUCCUGCGCCGGUUCAGGCUGCCGGAGAACGCCAAGACGGAGCAGAUCAAGGCGUCCAUGGAGAACGGCGUGCUCACCGUCACCGUGCCCAAGGAGGAGGUCAAGAAGCCGGAGGUCAAGCCCGUCCAGAUCACCGGCUAGGAGCCUAGGAAGGAAGGAGCACGCGUGCCCCGUGGAGCUUGGAGCUGCAAGGACCUGUUCAGGAACGAAUGCGUUGUGUUGUGUGGGGUGGUUUCAGUUUACACCGUGUGGUUCUGUAAACAAGCUUUGUUCGAGUUCUGGGCGUUUCGGCGUGCCACAAUUGCGUGACAGUCGAGACGUUUGUGUUGUCUUUGUUCUUACUAGUGUCUUGAAUAAACGAGAGAGUGAUACAGACUCUAUUUUGUAAAAUCUGUAAGAUUUCAGAGAGUCGUUUAUCAGAGAAC